CUGGAGGCCGCUUCCGAGGGGGCGGGGCCCGACGGGCGGCGGGCAACGGCAGCGGGCGAAGCGGAAGGCGCCGCGGGGCCAGCGCAGCCGCCGGCCGCCGCACCAGCUAUGGGCGAGCGGGACGGCGCCGGGAUGCAGCAGCAGCAGCAGCAGCAGCAGCAGCAGCAGCUGAAGAGGCGGGGGGCGGCGGGGGCCGGCUCUCGGCAGCCCCGCGGCGGAGCGGGAGAGGCGGCGGAGGCGCGCUCGACCCAGCGCGGCGCGGGGGAUGGCGCGGAUCUCUUCUCCGACGCGGACUUCAGGUGUCACAAGCUGCAGGACUCUCUGCUGAGCUCUGCCAGCGGCUACAGCAACUACCGAGGCAUCCUGAACUGGUGUGUGGUCAUGCUGGUCCUGAGCAAUGCUCGCCUUUUCCUGGAGAACCUCAUCAAGUACGGCAUUCUGGUGGACCCCAUCCAGGUCAUCUCCUUGUUUCUGAAGGAUCCCUAUAGCUGGCCAGCUCCAUGCCUUAUUAUUGCGGCCAACGCGUUUGCCCUGGUUGCUCUGCAUGUGGAGAAGCAGCUUGCUGUGGGCGCCCUAUCUGAGCGCAGCGGGGCCAUCCUGCACACGCUCAACCUCCUGACAGUCCUGUGCUUCCCUGUCCUUGUGGUGCUGGCAGUCACCUCCAUCACACCAGUUGGGGCCAUUUUGGCUCUCUCGGUCCACACCGUCCUCUUUCUCAAGCUCUUCUCCUUCAGGGAUCUCAACAAGUGGUGCCGUGAGAAGAGGCCGGCGACAGCUGAGAGAGUGCGCACAGCUUCAGGGCCACAGAAGACCAAUGGGAACGUGAUUCCAAGAGAGGUGAUUUAUCCAGACAACCUGACUUACAGAGACCUGUACUACUUCUUGCUGGCCCCCACUCUGUGCUACGAGCUGAACUUCCCUCGUUCCCCACGGAUCCGCAAGCGCUUUCUUCUGCGGAGGCUCUUUGAAAUGCUCUUCUUUCUGCAGCUGCUGGUGGGGCUGAUUCAGCAGUGGAUGGUCCCCACAAUUCAGAACUCCAUGAAGCCUUUCCGGGACAUGGACUAUUCCAGGAUCAUUGAGCGUCUCCUGAAGCUAGCUGUUCCCAAUCACUUGAUCUGGCUCAUCUUCUUCUACUGGUUCUUCCACUCCAGCCUGAACUUCAUAGCUGAGAUCUUGCAGUUUGGGGACCGAGAGUUUUACCGGGACUGGUGGAACUCGGAGUCAGUGACCUAUUUCUGGCAGAACUGGAACAUCCCAGUCCACAAGUGGUGCCUGAGGCAUUUCUACAAGCCCAUGAUCAAGAGGGGAGCUGGGAAGUGGACAGCUCAGAUAGCUGUGUUCUUUGCUUCUGCUUUCUUCCAUGAGUACCUGGUGAGCGUGCCCUUGAAGAUGUUCCGGCUGUGGGCGUUCAUGGGCAUGAUGGCUCAGAUCCCCUUGGCCUGGUUUGUGAGUCGGUUUCUCCAGGGCAACUACGGGAACGCAGCUGUGUGGAUCUCCUUGAUCAUUGGCCAGCCAAUUGCUGUCCUCAUGUACGUCCAUGACUACUAUGUGCUGAAUUACGAAGGAAGCCAGUGACUCUGUUUGCCAGUGGAGGCUCACCUUUUCCGUCCUGCCUCCUACUGAGGACCAGCAGGAGGCCUGGCCGUGGCAAGCCCUCCCCCAGCCUUUCCGCUGCCUUCUGGGGGCUCCAGAACCCAUCGACGCACCAGCCCAGGCAGACAUGCUGAUUUUGCUUGGGGGAGUCACCUUGUGCGUGUUACUGUGUGUGUGUGUGUGUGUGCGCGCGCACGCGUGCGCGUGCAAUGGUUGCUUAUCAGGUACUCUUGAGUCUGAAUACUGGAUCGAUGCAAUAACCUUCCUGGUGCCCCAAAUUUUUAGCUAGUCCUUUGGCAGGAUUGAUACUCAAGAAGUUGCCUUCCACCUGUGCAAUAGAAAUGAGGACUGAUGCCAACCGUGCCUGGAAGGGCAGAGGCUGCGCUCCCUUCAGGGGGAAGCUGGGCCAAAUGGCCCUCAAAUGCGUAGGCUAAUGGGCUGCCUCCCUGGCACUUUAAAGGACUCCCGUUCAGCCCCUUCAGUGGAUGAUAGCAGCCCUCCCCCUCCCUCGCUCUGUGGCUCCUGGCCCUCUCUGGCAAGCCGCCUUUCACUGGCCUGGAGCAGAAGGGCUCACCCGGGCACUGCCUUUCACAGAGGUAGGGAGCAGGGCUUUUCUCUGACUGCUGCUGUUCCUCAUGGGGCGCCCCAGCUCUCUGCCCUUCUCGCUGUGGUCUGCCCUGACAAUCCUAGAGCUGAGUUCUUAACAGCCAUCAGUCCCUUUUGCAGCCCUCCCGGUUCUGUGGGACUCUGUCUGGCGUGAUGGCAGGAGCAGUUGUUGCUGUCUGAUUUUCAGUCCAGGGCGGCUUGGGUGCUCCGUGGCCCUACUGUGUUUUGUCAACCCAGCAACUUUUUAAGAGUUCACAGAAUGUAUCUGACCAGUACCAAGUGAUUAAAGCAUAUUUUCAAAA